UCGAAUAAUUUAUACUAUCGAAAAUCAGGGAGAAAAAUAUUAGGCUACGACGUGCCAGGUAGACUAUUCUUGUUGCCGAAAUAGUGCAAGACGAGAAUGCUAAUGUAGGAAAAGACCCUACGCCGCCAUUCAAAAACCACAGCAAACGUUUAGAACAAAGUGUAUUUCUAUGGCCCUGCCUUCUCCUUGCUGUUGGAUUUAUUGUACCCUGAUAACAGACCUGUGGGUCAUCUGGUGGCGUUUUUGUAAAGUACACCGGUACACGUCAACUCCGAGCACGGGUUCUGUCAUUGGCUAUCGUCUAUCACGUGUUUAUUUUGAAGAUGGCGUCUCCAAAUGGAGGUGACGAUUUUGAGACCUCUUUGAUGAGUUUUGAGAAGCUGGACCGAGCGUCGCCAGACCUGUGGCCAGAGAAGUUGCCUGGAGUUGCAGAAUUUGCUGCAUCUUGUAAAAAUCCCAUCAAUAGUUCACCCCCAAGGUGGAUGGCUGAACUAGAGAGUGAGGAUAUUGAAAUGUUGAAAGAGCUGGGGAGCUUGACUACAGCCAAUCUGAUGGAGAAGAUCAAAGGACUUCAGAACCUCGCUUACCAGCUGGGCUUAGAGGAGUCCGGCUGGGAUUGGCUCCAGCCCCCCGUGACCCCGUUUGGGACUAACCGGUAUAGAAAAUGGAUGGAUGGAACUACAGUACAUAACAGCACUGUAACAAGCCAGCAAGGGAAAUGACCAGGGGGAAGUUCUUGAACAUCUUGGAGAGGCCUAAGAAGUGACAAACCUUUGUUUGUUUGUUUGUUUUAAGCAACAAGAAAUUUUCAAGGCAAAUUGGGUCUGUGCCUUUACUAUGCUCUGAACACAUACAGACUUUUGCACAAAAUUCAGACUUUGCAUUUUAAACCAUAAACUGGAUUAAAAUGCUUACUCACCCAACUGAGAUCUGGUCUCCAGACACCUCAUACACCUGUUCUCCUUUAGAUAAAUGCUUUUCAUUUUAUGUGUGAACUUCAAAUGAUGUAUUACUUUCCUCUGAAUUUCACUGUAGCUGGUAGACCCGCCUUGAUUUAUAUCUUCUCUAUUUAUUCUUAGUUCUAUUUUAAACACGAUUAGUAUUUUUUGCAAUCUGUGAUUGUAUAAUAAACUAUUACACUGAAAAGAUGAUUGUCCUCCAUGCAA